AUGGAUCCGGGUGAAGGUACUUCGGAUGGUCGUGUACUACGCAAACCGAGCAGUUUUGCAGUUGAAAUAAAGCAAGAGCCAGACAUCAAGGAAGAAUCAUCGGAUGACCUUGAAGAUUGUUUAGUGACACUUUCGAAUGAAAGAUCUGAAGUGGAUGCAGUGACUGCGACCUCAAACAUCGAUCUGGUGACUGAGUCCGAAUACGAUUUCAUUCUCAACUUUGAUUCGGAUGGCGUGAAAGACGAAGUGAAGUGUGAAGAAGAGAAGGCAAAGAAGGAAAAAUAUUCUACGAAUUCGGGUUCGAAUGAAAGUAAACCAAACGCUCACGGUGGUCAAGACGAUGAGCCAAUGGUCGAAUCAAACGUCAAUCGCAAGAGGCCCAAAUCGAGUGACAACAGAAAAAAACGCGAUGGAUCGAGAAAGCAAAACAAACGAACGAUUCCGCGAAAUAAGGCGGCGAAGAAACGAGGAGAGCACAAGUGUCAUGUGUGUGGUAAUCUCAACCAACAUUCAGCCACCCAUCGCGAUCAGUUCUCAUUCGGAUGCGUCAAAUGUCUGCGAGGAUUUACAAAAUUAGAGGAUAAAACAGCGCAUGAGAAGAUCUGCCGCCGUCGUCAGUAUCAAUGCUACAUGUGCGAAUAUUCAUCGCUGAAAACGACCGAUCUACGACGCCACAUGCAAGCCCAUCAUACGGGAGAAAAACCAUUCCAUUGCAAGUGGUGUGACAAGUGUUUCAUUCGAAAGGACGAAGCCGAAUCGCACAUGAAACGUAUGCAUCAAUCCAAAAAGUGA